GGAAGAAGUUGUGAAAUGAAAGGCAUGAAAAAGACAUGACUGUGAUCUUUUCUUUUGCUUUUGUUAUGUCAAUGUCUUCAUGGCCUCCUCAACAAACAUGGGAAGAAACCUAAGAUACAACUUGCUGCCUUCUCUGUUGUCAUAUGGUAAUUCAAAAAUGGCAGAACUCUUUAUGGAAUGUGAAGAAGAAGAACUAGAACCCUGGCAACAGAAAGUAAAAGAGGUUGAAGAUGAUGAUGAUGAUGAGCCAAUCUUUGUUGGAGAGAUAACAAGUUCAAAACCGGCAAUUUCUAACAUUUUGAACAGAGUGAACCCCAGUUUAUACUCAAGGGGAAUAAAGAAUGGCACACUUAGUCGAGGUAUUACUGCUGCAUUAAAGUCUACAAGUCAACACUAUAUUACUUCAACUUCAAAUUCAAUGACAGCCUCACCAGUUACUUUUCAUCCUGAAUCUAGAUCUUCAGAUAGUUCUAUUGUUCAACCUUUAUCUAAACCUAGUUAUAUAUUGAAUUCAUCACGAGCUAUAUCUAAUACUUCUUCAGAGUUACUGCUUGACUUACCCCAAGAUACAGGAGUAUCUCAUCACUCAGGGGCAUCAACACUUUCUAUAACAGGUAUGAAUGAAAGUUUAUUUUUGUCAAAACGUCCUUCUACGACUGAAAUGAACAGUGGUAAUCCAAAAAAAUCUAAAUCCAAUGAAGUUGUUUCUGGAACAGAUUCCUCAACUGUAUUUUCUUCAGUUAAAUCUCCUUUAGUGUCAUCUCCCCAAGUCAUGCCAUCAAAAGGUGCAAAUAUUUCAUCAAAUCAAUCAAAAAAUGGAACACCUUUUCCAAGAGCUUGUCCAAAGUGUAAUAUUCAUUUCAAUCUUUUGGAUCCUUUGAAAAAUCACAUGAAGUUCUGUUGUCCAGACAUGAUAAAUAAUUUUUUCGGACUGGACAAAGCAGAAUUUUCAAGUACAACAGAUAAAAAUCAGGCUCUUGAUGCAGAGAAAGGAAAAUUGAUCAUGUUAGUUAAUGACUUUUAUUAUGGAAAACAUGAAGGAGAUGUCCUGGAAGAACAGAAGACUCAUACAACAUUUAAAUGCUUCAGUUGUUUGAAAAUUCUUAAAAAUAAUAUUAGGUUUAUGAACCACAUGAAACAUCAUUUGGAACUUGAGAAGCAGAGCAGUGAGAGCUGGGAAAACCACACCACCUGCCAGCACUGCUAUCGGCAGUUUCCCACACCGUUCCAACUGCAGUGUCACAUUGAAAGUACACACACACCCCAUGAAUUUUCUACUAUUUGCAAAAUUUGUGAAUUAUCAUUUGAUUCAGAGCAUAGUCUUUUACAACAUAUGAAAGACAAUCAUAAACCCGGUGAAAUGCCAUAUAUUUGCCAGGUUUGCAAUUAUAGAUCAUCAUUAUUUUCUGAUGUGGAAAUUCAUUUCAGAACAUCUCAUGAGAAUACUAAGAACUUGCUUUGCCCAUUUUGCCUGAAAGUUAUAAAAAUUGCAACACCUUAUAUGCAUCAUUAUAUGAAGCAUCAGAAAAAAGGAAUACAUCGUUGUACAAAAUGUAGACUGCAGUUUUUGACAUGCAAAGAAAAAAUGGAUCACAAGGCCCAGCAUCAUCGGACAUUUAUAAAACCUAAAAUGCUAGAAGGAUUGCCUCCUGGAACAAAAGUUACUAUUCGAGCUUCAGUUGGACCUGCUCAGUCAGGAUCUUCAACAACACCUUGCAUUAGUGCAAGCACUUCUACGCUUCAGCUCUCACCUCCAAGGACUAAAAAUAUAAUUGCUAAAAAACCCACAAAACCUAAUUCAAAUAGACCUAAUACAACUAAAUCCAAUACAAGUAAACUUAAUACAAGUAAACCUAAUGGAAGUAAAUCUAAAUGCAAAUCAAAAAUCUCUAAUACGCAAAAGAAACAAAGCACACUGGCUAAUAGCAAUAAUAAAAGUAAAGCCAAUACAUCAUUGAGAAAUUUAAGGUAUCGUCCAGGAGUUCAUAAUUGCAUUGAAUGUUGUUCCGAAGUAAAAGAUUUUGCAAAUCACUUUCCUACAUAUGUCCACUGUAGUUUUUGCAGAUACAACACUAGCUGUAGUAAAGCCUAUGUAAAUCAUAUGAUGAGCUUUCAUAGUAACCGUCCAAGUAAAAGGUACUGUGUUUUUAAGAAGCAUUCAGAAGAUCUCGGGGGCAUUACUGUAGUGUGUCUCAAUUGUGAUUUCCUAUCUGAUGGAUCUGGCUUAGAUAAAAUGGCUGCACAUUUAAGUCAACAUGAAACUCAUACUUGCCGAGUUAUACUUAGGAAAGUUUCUGUUUGUAUCUCAACUUCUGAACAUCUUUCUGAAUUAAAAAAAGAAACUUCCAGAAAGGAGCAUGACCCUGUGUCUGAGGAAAUUGUAAGAUCUGAUAUACCUGAAGGAGAAACAGAAGCAUCCAAUUCUGAAAGUGAGCAAAAACCUUCAAAGGAUGAAAAAUAUGAACUUGAUGCAGAUUCAUUUGAAAGUUCAUCAGCAAGGAAAAGUAAAGAAAACAUAACAGUUUCAGAUAAAGAAAACAAUACCCAUCUUCAACACCAAGAACCUGACUCAAAAGCUUUGUUUGGCGAUAACUCAAGUAUCAUUGCAGAGAAUGUAGAAGAAAAACAAACAGAGCAAAUUUGUCAGGAGAUGGAACUGAAGAUGUACAAGAGUUCAGAAAGCACAUGUGAUCAGAUUGAAGCACAAAAGUCCAGUGAAAUUAUGUUUUCUUUAGAAAAUAUUAGAGAUUCGCAAUUAGCAUAUGGUGAUGUAAGAAUUGAUGAGUUUUUGAGAAACAGAGAUGAACCUGAAUCUGGCUCUAAUACUUGUGAGCAGGGGAGUACUGGUUUGGAGCCAUUGACUGCAUCUGAAAUACUUGAGUGUGAAGCCUCAGCGAUUCUUCAAAAAGGGAGUGCCGAUUCUUCAGCCAAAACUGAUGAAAUAGUGUCUACUCAAAUGGAAGCUAUUCCUGACGAAAAUAGCUUUCGCACAACUGAAACAAAUAGUAGAGCUGGUAGCUGAAAAGGUGAACUGUCGGAAUUCUCAAUGUUAGGGACGGAGCAAUGGCACAGUGCUUGGGGCUUUUGCCUUACUCGUGGCCCAACAGGGACCAACCCAGGCUUAAUUCCCUGAAUUCCAUAUGGCCUCCGGAGCCUGCCAGGA